UGAUGAUCAGACAGGACAAUUAAUAUAUGAACACAACAACAUUGGAUUUGUCAAAUUGUUUAAUCACAAUAAUUGCAACAUAAAUAAUAAUAAUAAUUCAUUUCAUUCUCUCUUCUCUAAAACUCAUGUCUUUGUUAUUACCUGUAUGACUAUAAAUCCCACCUCCAAAACCAUCAAACCCCUCUCCUCUCCAUCUUUACAUAUAUAUCCUCAAAUUUCUCUUCAUCCAUCAGAGGUUUGAUCUCCAUUUUCUUACCGGGAUUGCAUCCAUCCGUCCGGCUAGCUUCGUUUUUCUGUUAUAAUUUCUUCCUCAAUAUCGAUCAGACAACCUUUUCAUAUGUGGAUCAAAGCUGGAAUUCAUCAUCAUCAAGACUACUACUGAUGAUCAUGUCGGCUGUACUCAGUGAAAUCCUCCUCUCUGGAUUCACAGUCAACUCCACCCUUCGCCGCCGUUCCCACCUCGUUCAAUCCUUCUCCGUCGUCUUCCUCUACUGGUUCUACGUCUUCUCAUGAGCAACAAAUUUGAACCAUAUUCUGAAACACAUACAAAAACCCUCAAAUUCUUGCAAUAAUCCAAGAAUUAAUAUUUUUGUAGUAUUAUUUCUAACCCCAUUUCUAGUUCUGUAAAAACUAUAAAUUCUUGCAAUAUAUUGUUAAGACAAGACAAGACAAGAAUUCUUGUUUCAACAUGGCUUCUAGAGGUGGGACUUGUUCAGGCUCAAGCUCUGAUCAGGAGAAUCAUCAGAAUCUGACGACAGAAAUUAUGAGGAAACGAAAGAGGAUGAUUUCCAACCGUGAAUCAGCGCGAAGAUCCCGGAUGAGGAAGCAGAAGCACCUGGAUGAUCUGACGGCUCAGGCUGCUAAUCUGAGGGCUGAAAACAAUCACGUUCUUACAAACAUCAAUCAUGUGACUCAGCUGUAUUUGAAUGUUGAAGCUGACAACUCUGUUCUAAGGGCUCAAAUUUCUGAGUUAAACCACAGACUCAAGUCUCUCACUGAUAUAAUCAGCUGCAUGCGAUUGGAUGGAGCUGCUUUUGAUGAUCAUGAUUUUCAUGAUAAUUGUGAUUAUGAUCAUGAUCAGAUCGGGGGUGGUGAUGACUUGUUCAGCCCUUGGACCUUAGUCCAUGUUAAACAGCCGAUCAUGGCUUCUUCUGACCAUGGUUUCAUGUACUGAUCAUGAUCAUGAUGAUCCAUGCAUGUUCAUCUUCAUUCAUACAUACAUAUAUAUAUGUGUGUAUGUAUGUAUAUGCUGUGUAAGGGCAAUUAGGUUUUCAUUUCAACAAUAGAAGUUGAAGUCUUGAAGUGAAUAUUGUAUGAUGAUGAUGAUGAUGAUGAUAUGGUUGAGUCAAAUUCUUGAGUGCCUGUAAUAUCAUUCCUUUCGAGAGAUCAUGUAAAGUUGUAAUAAUCCAAUUAAGUGUAAUAUAAUAUAUAUUUGAUUUGAUCA